AUGACGGCGGAUCACGGAAUGACGGAUUGGGGUUCUCACGGAGCAGGAACUGAUGAAGAGGUUUUGACCCCCUUCGUCGCGUGGGGAGCAGGAGUGCAUAAAGGCGGCGUGACGAAUACUAUUUCCCAGGUGGAUCUCACACCGUUUCUUGCCGCUCUAAUAGGUGUGGCUGUGCCCGUGAAUUCCAUGGGUGUACUUCCCACUCAAGCUCUUGACGUCUCACCGAAUUAUUUGUUCAAGAGCAGUCUGGCUAAUUUUCUUCAGCUCAAAGAGCAGUUCAUGGUGUUGAGAGCCGAAAAAGCGAAACGUCUGUGGUUCCAAGAAUUUGACACAUUCGGUUUGAAAGCGUUGGAAUCCCUGGAAACAGAGAUAUUGAAGCUGGCAAAGCUGCGAAGGUUCGCUGCUGCUUCCUCAUUGUUUGUACAGAAUGCUCCUUACAUCAAAAAGGCGAUAUUCCACUAUCAUCGCUAUGAUCGUGCAUUCCUUGGAGCAGCUAUAAGUUGUUGUUUUAUGACAUGGAUAGCAUUGGUGUGGUGUUACCUCACGAGAGAUCGUUCCAUUUCCAUAUUUACACGGAACACAUUGGUUCCAAAUAGAAUGUUUUCUAGUCUUAUUGGUUGUAUGGUGUUUUUCUGCAUCUACUGUAGAUUACCUCUGACGAACUGGUUCUACUUAUUAUUGCCGUUGUUUCUACUGUCUGUCAUUGAAAACGUUCUUAAUGUUACGGCUAGAGUCUGUGAAUUUAUUCGCUAUUGCGUCUCUAAUUACUCGACGGCAUCGUUCACAUUCCUGCUUCAGCCGUUUCUCGGAGUCAUUGGAACAAGUGUUUUGCUUUUCGUAUUCGUCAUCAUAUUUAUGGACCGCAGGUUUUUGUCUGCGUUAUUUGUUCUACUGAUGUUUGUACCUUAUUUGUACAGCUCGAGCCUAACAUGCGUUGCUCUUAUACCAUUUCCUUUUCUUCCUAAUGUUGGCAGAUCUGAAAUUCCGUUACUGUGCAUUGGUGCACCCCUAACGUUAGCUAUCAUAUUACGGAAACUGCCUCUACAUCCUUUAUUGGAAAAGAAGUCAGAGAAUUUUCGUAGGCUGUCUGCCAUGCUAAUGGUGACAGCUACUCUGAUUCUGGUGUCGUCCUAUCUAUUCCAAAAGGUAGGUUUUUUCACCUCAGCUAUUCAUUUACAGUUGGUCUACCGUUCUGUUGAUGAACCAUUUGGUUUCACUUUCCUAGUAUUUUUGAUAUCCGCAUUCAACCCUUUUUUUCUAUCAAUUUUUCUUUUAACUCUAUUUAUAGGUUCACUGUUUGUGCCAUACUCAUUGCUAUCGAUAGCCUAUGAAUCGACUUUCAUGUUAUGUUUCAUUCCACUACUAUUAAUGUAUCUACGGUUUGAGUUCGGUCAUAUGUCGGCUACUGACUUUCUCAAUCUUCCAGCCGAUCGGUCAUUUGCUGUUGAGUUGGGUCGUGCAGUAAUUUGCGUUAGUUUCGUAUUGGCCGCGAUAUUUGGUACUGGAAAUUUUGCCUCAAUGAAUUCGUUCAAUCCGUCGACUUUGAGU